AUGCUUUCCAUCUCCGCUUUCAUUGCCAGCGGCCUGGCUCUCGCCAGUGUUGCCCACGGCGCCCCUGAAUUCGCAUCCAUCCGCUCUGACCAGCCCGAUGUUUCUAGCUACGCCACCGUUCCCAUCACCUGGGAGCUCCCCGUCAAGGCUGACGACCCUGCUGGCGCUACUGUCGAAGUGACCGGCACCAUCGAGGAGGCUAUCGCCCAGAUGGAUGCCACUUACCCCGGCUGGAACGAAACUUUCCAGGCUCACCUGCCCCCUCCCCCUACCGUUGACAGCGGCGCCUUUGAUCUUGCGGCUCUUGAUGAUCCCGAGUCCUACAUUUGCAAGCUUGACCAGUGGAAGGAGGCUGGCCAGCUUUCUAUUCUCCGCGGCAUUGAAUACCUCCGUGGUCUGACUGGCUCGGCCAAGAACGGCCCCGGCCCUGGCGAGUGCGGUCGUGUUUCCUGCUCUUGGCAGUCGGCUAUUUGGUGGUGCAACGACAACGACACGGAGAAGGAGGUUGGCUGGAAUGAUAUUGCCGAUGGGACUUUGUACAUCCUCCAGAAGUGCUCUCGGGAUGCCCAGUAUGUCAAGGGUCAGGCUUUCUACAAGGACAAGUGGAACGUGAUUGUUCGUUAUGACAACGACAGCUGUUAAAUGCAGCAAGUUGUGGGCAACAUUAGGGAUAGUGGGAGGACCUAUAAGGGACUGUAGCAGGAAUUUAUCACGUUGGUCUGUGACCGAAUACACUGAGUUACGGGCAUGUGAAACAUGUAAGAAGUGGAAAAGCUGUUAAAUAGCAUCUGAAGCACGAGGAAUUGAAAUGCGAUUAUACCUAC